GCCCGUGACUGGUCUGUAUUUGGGCUUAGGGGCAUGGAACCCACGGCCCAACCUGUUUGUUGAAGCGUUCGUCUAGCCGCCGGGGAUUAUUGCGGCUCUCCGGCCUCCGCCACCGCGAGCAGCGCCGGAGAUGGUGGCGCUGACUCGCGGCGCCAGGAAGAGGAGAAUGGAGGCCGCCCAGGGGCACGAACCGGAGGCCAUCUCAGGGCUCUCCACCAACUGAGCCUCGGCCACCGCCGCUGAUGGCGACGGAAGCGCCUCGUCCCAAAUCUACAGGCAAGCCGCAAUGGCCGCCGCCGUCGCUCGGUGCCGGCGAGGAAGGAGGCUGCUGCGGCGGAAUCGAUCGCAUCAGCGGUCUCCCGGACGCCAUUCUCGGCGAGAUCAUCUCCCUACUCCCCAUCAAGGAUGCCGCCCGCACGCAGGCCCUCGCCUCCCGGUGGCGCCACCUGUGGCGCUCCGCCCCUCUCAGCCUCGACGGCGGCGACCUCCCCGCCGAGGGCGAGGUCUCCCGCGCCGGCCUCAUCUCGCGGAUCCUUGCCGCCCACCCGGGCCCCGCUCGCCGCUUCUCCGUCUCCGCGCUCCAGCUCUUGCUCUGCCCCUCGGCAGUCGACUCCUGGAUCUGCUUGCCUGCGCUCGACGGCCUCCGGGAGCUCGAGUUCCACAUCGGCGACUUGAUAAAUUUGCAGUCACCCGAGCUAUGGCUGCCGGAUUCUGCCUUCUUUCGUUUCUCGGCCACCCUCCGCCUGGCCACUAUCAGCAAAUGCCACAUCCUAAAAGGUACUACCGGAGCGCUUCGCUUUCCCCAGCUCAGGGAGCUUGCUCUUGAGAGUGUCCGCAUCUCGGAGGACUCACUACAGAGCAUGAUUGCUGGAUCUCCUGUCCUGGAGUGCUUGCUGCUUAGCCGCAGCGUUGGCUUCAGGCGUGUCCGGAUCAACUCCCAGAGCCUUGUAAGCAUCAGUGUGCGAAAUUUCUCAGGGGAACUCAUCAUCGAGAACGCCCCUUCGCUUGAAAGGCUGCUGCAACUCGGACUAUUUCGGGGCCUUCAUGUAUCAGUAAUUGCAGCACCGAAGCUGGAAACGUUGGGCUGGAUUUCUGACCGUGAUCACUACUUCAAGCUGGCAUUUGGCACUACAGCAGUUCAGAACUUGCGUUCUGUUAGCACUACGGCAGUGGUGCGUAGUGUCAAGAUUCUAGCUGUUGAUGUUCAUACACUUAGCCUGGAUACGGUUCUUGAUUUAAUGAGAUGCUUUCCAUGCUUGGAGAAGCUGUACAUUGAGUUGUUUAUGACUGUGGACAGAAAUUCAUGGCGUCGUAAACACCAUGAUGUUAUUGGAUGCCUUGAUAUCCGUCUGAAGACUGUAGUGUUGAAGAAUUAUUGUGGCAUUAAGUCUCAUGUUAACUUUGCGUCAUUCUUUGUAUUGAACGCAAAAAUACUGGAGUCAAUGACAUUUGAGGGUGGAGCCUGCCAUAAUCAAAAGUUUAUUGCAGAGCAGCAUAGUUUACUUGAGCUUGAGAAAAGGGUUUCGAGAAGUGCACAGUUUUAUUUCACAGUUUGUAGAUCUUGGGACAAAAAUCUAACACAUAUCAAACAUGUCCAUGAUUUGUCAAUAACUGAUCCUUUUGAAUAUAGAUGUUGAAACUGGGCUGGUAUGUGUAGUUGAGUAGUUCUUCUUGCCUAGCUCAUUUCCACAUCUGUAUUUUGUUCAUACUUGAUCGGUUCUCUUGUCUAUAGUGUUUUGUAUAAAUAUUUCAGUAGAGCUAUUGUAAGUCCUUACAAAUUUCGGUAAUCUUGUUGCUAUUCAUAGUCAGGAUGGAGUUGUGAGUUGAAA